CGCCGUCAUCCGUUGCUUCCGGAUGAUUCUCUCGAGUGGCGUGCCAAGCCCUGCUUAGUCACGGCUUCUGCCUUGUUACCACCUGAAAAUUUCGGCAAACCUGUUUCCAAGUUGGGUCCUGCACCUAUUCAGUCAACCCUUAGCUCGUUUACCAUCGAGUAUAAGUAUACGAACGCGUUUCGCCAUCAAUUUUCUAUCGGCCGUCGUUGCUCGCUCACACUAACGAAUACUCGACUUCUCUCCCACCGUUUACGUUGGUCGUCUCGCGACUCUUUUACACUGGAGCAAUACCUCGCGCCCCCCCAGCUCAAACGGCGGGGUUCUACUGCUAACUACGACAUGGGGGACGGGUCUGAUUAUCCCAGUCCCAGAAGCGAAGGUGCUACGGGUCCGACUGCUGUUCUUGUCGCCGCGCAAGAUCCUCUAGCUGGUGUUCCGAAGAUGACCGAUCAAUUGUCCCCAAGUUUCAUGGAAGGGGCUCGUCCAAAACUGUCGGUGAGACGAGCGCGCGAUCCGCCCAAGAACGCCGUUGGACAGAUUUUUUGUGACCAUGCAGAAUGUCAACCAAACCCGCCGACAUUUCGUCGUCCUUGCGAGUGGAACAAACACAUGGACAAACACGACCGCCCUUACAAAUGUCUAGAGCCUGGAUGUGAUAAGAUACAGGGGUUCACAUAUUCCGGUGGCCUGUUGAGACAUCAGCGCGAGGUUCAUAAGAAGAACGUCAAUGCCAAGAAGCCUCUCAUGUGCCCUUACCCUGACUGCAAUCGAAGCACGGGGAACGGAUUCACGCGUCAGGAGAACUUGAAGGAGCAUCUCCGCCGGCGCCACAUGCAUACGGAGAAUGGACACGCGCCAGAUCUGACGAUGGUGCCAUCUUCUGAUUUAGAUGGCGCCACCUCCAUACAGACCGUGAAGCGAAAGCGAGAAUCGCUCGACGUCGAUCCAAACACAGACCCCGCCAUCGCAUUUCCGGAAGAUGAAGAGAAUGGUGUGGACAUGCGCGGCGAACUCAAACGACUGCGGCGGGAAGUCCAAGAGAAGGACCGCCGAUUACAGGAGCUUGAGCGCAUCGUAGCCGGUUUGCAACAAGUUAUCCCGCAGCCGCCAACCGCUGUUAGCGUCACUCAGUGAUAGCGAACAGCAUUUGGAAUCCAUUUCCAAUAUUCAUUUACUGAUGCUCUGUUUUUCUGCUUUUAACUUGCUUCCCUCCAACUCUCCUCUGCCGCGUUUGCAUUGCAAAGGCGUUGUGCCCUUCAUCAUAACUGAAUAUACGCACCUCAUGGAUCUGAAAUGUCAAUGUGAGGUUUUCAUGGAAUUGGUGUGUAUCUCAAGAACGCAUGGAAUCACACGGGAUAGGUCUUGAGGACUAUGGCGUUUUCUCGAGGUCGACUUAACAGACCAGGUGGUGUUCUCUCUCUUUGCUCUCUACCCUGAAAUAUACCCGGGCGUUUUUACAAACCACCCAUUAUUCAUUACGUCCUCAUGUUCAUGUACUGUUGCAUUGUUUUCUAUCCUAUUUCUGGCAUUCAACCAUGAUUCUUCGUUUACUUGUAAACAUUUGGUUAUAGAUGUAAUCUGUAACUCUGCUUCUAGUUUUAUCGUAUCAAGCAUAACGACCAGUUGUCCUAGA